GUGAUAUGUAAGCAUUAUGGCUAGUAGUGGCGCCAAUUUUGAAAUAACGCAGGACUACGUUGCCGGUAUUCGGCUGCAAAAUUUGAAACGACGUAGUUCUAUGUUGCCGGUAUUCAGCUAAAGAAUUUGAAAUGAAGUAGUUCUACGUUACCGGUACCCAGCUAAAGAAUUUAAAAUGACAUAGUUCUACGUUGUCGGUCACGAAUGUGUUAACAAAGUUUUAUUACGCGGAACCAUAUCACUAUCAUUCGAGAGGGGUGAUGAUAAAAGUGGGGAAUUAUCGUGAACAGAUAUUAACGCUUAUAUCGGAUCGGUGCUACAGUGAUUUGGUUAUAGCUGAUCAGAUCGUUUCUCCAAUAUGGAGCUGUAUAAGAUAUUACUUGUUGCAGGUAUACUAGGAUUUGCAAGUAGUAAUGGGACUUCUAACAUAGAGGAGGCGGUGUCAUCCUUCUCAAAUGAAAUCGAGCAUUGGGUAAAAUCGAAAGAGGAGCCUCUGUCGUUUCAGCACUCGAUUAAUUCACUAGCUUUCCCAGCAAGCUUGCGACAUCAGAGCUGGCGUAGCUUCACCGGCGAAAGCAGCAAAUCUAUAUGUGUAAUAUGUCAAUCCAUCCUACGAUCUUUCAUGAAAUUCCGUAACGAAGGCAUGCCAGACGAAAAAAUCAUAUCCAAUGUGAUUAAACUCUGCACCGCACUGAAGAUUGAGGAUGAACGAGUCUGCCAUGGCGCGGUGACUCUCAAUGCGCCGACAAUUCUGUAUAUAAUGGACAACAAGCCGAAUCUAACAGCAUCCACAAUCUGCGGGGUCGUGCUCGAGUCGAAAUUUUGUCCACUCGACGACGAAGAGUACAACUGGAUGGUGAAUAUCGACGACGGCCCCGGGAAGACGGUCACUGAUAAAGAGAAUAACAAAACCAUAAAUAUCGUGCAAAUAACGGAUCUUCAUUACGAUCCCAAGUACGAGCCUAAUGGUAACUCCGAUUGUGGGGAACCGGCGUGUUGUCGUAAAGGACAGAACGGUAUAAAUGCGGGCACCAAGUUGGCGGGUUUCUGGGGAGAUUACAACAAUUGCGACACUCCAUGGCAUGCUGUUGUUGACGCGCUGAGUCAUAUCAGAGAUACCCACACGGACAUCUCCCAUAUUUAUUUCACCGGUGAUCUGGUAGAUCAUGGUGUUUGGGAGACGACCUUGGAAGGGAAUAUACAAAUAAUCAAUGAUAGUUAUCUUCUAUUUCAAGAGACAUUCGGAAAUGUGCCCGUGUAUCCUACUUUGGGCAAUCACGAGUCGCAACCUCUAAAUCAAUACGCUCCUACAACCGUCACCAAUGACGAAAUAAACACGCAAUGGCUAUAUAAAAUGACGGCUGACUUGUGGAUCGGCUUAGGAUGGUUACCGGAAUCUACUCGUUCUACUAUUCUACAGGGUGGCUACUACACGGUUUCGCCUAAAAAAGGAUUCAGAAUUAUAGCUCUGAACAACAACGUAUGUUACUGCUACAAUUGGUGGAUAUGGUAUCAGCCAAAAGAUCCUGAUAACCAAUUGCAGUGGUUAGCGGACACGCUUUUGCAAGCUGAAAAGGAUAACGAAUUUGUACAUAUAUUAGGUCAUGUUCCGGCCGCUAAUGAAGAAUGUCAGUCUACAUGGAAGAGAGAAUAUCUCAAAAUUAUCAACAGAUUCGCCCACAUUGUUAGGGCGCAAUUCAAUGGUCACACACAUAACGACGAAUUGGAGCUGUUCUACAGCAGUGGUGAAAACAAGAAGGUCAAUAACGUCGCUUGGAACGGAGGUAGUGUGACCGCUUUCACCGAAUUAAAUUCCAACUACAAGCUGUACAUCGUCGACAGUGAGAAUUAUGGGGUAAAGGAUUAUGAUAACUGGAUAUUUAAUUUAACCUUAGCGAAUGAAAAUAUUAACGAACGACCGCAGUGGUAUAAGUCGUAUUCGUUCAAAGAAGAGUACGGCAUUUCCGACUUGUCUUACGACUCGUUAAGUGAUUGGUACUCCAGAUUAUCACGCGAUAAUGAACUGUUAACCCGCUAUUACAGGCAUUUUUUCAAACUUGCUGACCCGUCACUGAGAAAGGAAUGCGAUGUAACGUGCAUGAGGACUUAUAUGUGUCGUAUAAUCGCAAGCCUAGAAACACCUUGUACGUAGAUGUUAAGAAACUAGUAUAAAAUUUUAUGUAAAAACUGGAGAUUAUAAAAUUCACAAUGUGAUUAAUUUUACUCGAUGACAUAAUUGCGAUAUAAUAAUUACAAAAGUAUUUGUAGAAAAAUGUGAUGAAAACAAUAUUAUGGGAAAGUAAUAU